AUGUCUACGAAUUCAACGGUUGACCACUGCGAAACACCUAACUUUGACACGUAUAAAGCCCUGUCCUGGCUGAUGAUUGGGGAGUUCGUGCUGGGUCUGCCUCUCAACCUGUCCGUCCUCUACAUCUUCAUCUUCAGAGAGAUAUCUGACAUGCAGCUUUUUGUCAAUAACUUCCUCUUUAGGUUCAAAUUCUGGAAGAACAAAAGCAUCUUCCUCUUCAAUAUUGUGGUUGCCGAUUUCCUGCUGGUGGUGUGUCUUCCCGCCAAGGCCUACCACUACCAGCAUGGCCAGAGACGCAGCUCCAACAGCGUCGUGUGUAAGACCCUACUCUUCAUGCUGUUCCUCAACAGAGGGGCCAGCAUCGGCUUCCUCAUCACGCUGUCCCUCGACCGCUACUUCAACGUGGUCCAUCUCGGGAGGAGGAACUUCGUCAAAGUGCUGAAGAAGACUCCUCAGAUCUCCAUCGUGAUCUGGCUCCUCCUGCUACCCCUCACCAUCCCCACCAUGGUGAAGACCUUCGAGUGCUGCAACAGUCACGGCCGAGAGGUGGAGACGUAUUUCCACGAUGUGACGGACACAUUCAGAGAGGUCGUCUUCUUCACCCAGAUCAUCAUCCCCUUCAUCAUCCUCGUCUACUGCACGGUGCGCAUCGUCAACCGCCUGAGAAAGAAGACCGUUGGGGAGAAGACUAAACUGAGGCGAGCCGUCUACGUGGUCAUGUCCGUGGUGGUGGUCUUCUCCAUCUGCUUCCUGCCUUGCACGAUAGCCCGAGCGGUGCUGCUCUACUUCAGGCUGCAAAAAAUGCAGGCGGAGGAGGACGUGGCGGUCCAGGUCUACGACGCCCUCAUGGUUCUGUCUUACGCGGACUGCCUGCUGGACCCGCUCGUGUACUGCUUCUGUAACUCGGGGUUUAAAGACGCUUAUAUAACCGCCUUCUGUCCUGGGCCUCUGCAGGUGAAGCUGCUCAAUGCCAACUUCGGAUUGGGAAGUGGAGCGACAACCAUAACGACAAAUUCUGCAGCAAAAACAGUCACUUCGCCAAUAAUGGAGAAAUCGUGA